AUAUGUGCAAAUUGCUAGCGUCCGAGUUGAUCUGUCUUGUUGCAGGAGAAGCUUAUAUGGCGGGCGCUUGCACAGACUUCCGGACAGCCAUAGUUGAAGACAAGCCGUGGAUGUACCACUCUGUUCGUAACAUGGCACACGAAUUGGCCCACAGCUUGGGAUGCGUUCACGAUGGCGAUGUCCCAGAUGAAGAUAUAGAAGACCACCCCGGUGCCACGGAUUGCCGGUGGUCCGAUGGCUACAUCAUGAGCUACUUACAAAACUCCACCAAGCAGUUCCAGUUCUCUCCGUGUUGUGCCAGACAGAUUAAGCAUGUCGCGAAUCUGGAUAGCCAUACCUGUCUGCAUGUGAACAAUUCAAAGAAAGAACGACCAACAACAAACUACUUGCCAGGCACGAAUAUGAGCUUAGAUGAGUUUUGUAAAGCAUCCCUUGCCGAUACGUCUCGGGACUACUAUUUCGACAAGAACGAAACAUACGUUGAUUGCAAAGUACCGUGCAGAACCGCAAACUAUUACGACGACGGAGAGUGGGUGUAUUACGCUGCGAAGGUCUUCGCCAUUGAUGGAAUACCCUGCAAUGAAGGAACUAUGGUAUGCAUACGUGGUGAAUGUGUACCCUAUCCACCGAAAAUUAAGAGGGGAUCGACAAGCAAAGCACCAGCACAAAAAGGAGAAAAAGAAGACGAGAGGACCGAAGAAACCGAGAACUACGCUCCUAAAUAUGUACGUGCUACCUAGUCGAUGGAAUAA